AUGCUGUUGCAGUGGAGUCUCAUCAGAAAAUCAGAAACAGCUGCGCAGAAGCGGCUGCGCAGGAACAGCUGCGCAGAAGCGGCUGCGCAGAAGCGGCUGCGCAGAAGCGGCUGCGCAGAAGCGGCUGCGCAGAAGCGGCUGCGCAGAAGCGGCUGCGCAGAAGCGGCUGCGCAGAAGCGGCUGCGCAGAAACGACUGCGCAGAAACGGCUGCGCAGAAGCGGCUGCGCAGAAGCAGCUGCGCAGAAUCAGCUGCGCAGAAUCAGCUGCGCAGAAGCAGCUGCGCAGAAGCAGCUGCGCAGAAGCAGCUGCGCAGAAACAGCUGCGCAGAAGCAGCUGCGCAGAUACAGCUGCGCAGAUACAGCUGCGCAGAAACGGCUGCGCAGAAACGGCUGCGCAGAAACGGCUGCGCUGAUACGGCUGCGCAGAAACGGCUGCGCAGAAACGGCUGCGCAGAAACGGCUGCGCAGAAGCGGCUGCGCAGAAGUGGCUGCGCAGAAGCGGCUGCGCAGAAGCGGCUGCGCAGAAGCGGCUGCGCAGAAACGGCUGCGCAGAUACGGCUGCGCAGAAACGGCUGCGCAGAAACGGCUGCGCAGAAACGGCUGCGCAGAAACGGCUGCGCAGAAACGGCUGCGCAGAAACGGCUGCGCAGAAACGUAUGCGCAGAAACGGCUGCGCAGAAACGGCUGCGCAGAAACGGCUGCGCAGAAACGGCUGCGCAGAAACGGCUGCGCAGAAACGGCUGCGCAGAAACGGCUGCACAGAAACGGCUGCGCAGAAACGGCUGCGCAGAAACGGCUGCGCAGAAACGGCUGCGCAGAAACGGCUGCGCAGAAACGGCUGCGCAGAAACGGCUGCGCAGAAACAGCUGCGCAGAAACAGCUGCGCAGAAACAGCUGCGCAGAAACAGUGCGCAGAAACAGCUGCGCAGAAACAGCUGCGCAGAAACAGCUGCGCAGAUACAGCUGCGCAGAUACAGCUGCGCAGAUACAGCUGCGCAGAAACAGCUGCGCAGAAACAGCUGCGCAGAUACAGCUGCGCAGAUACAGCUGCGCAGAAACAGCUGCGCAGAAACAGCUGCGCAGAAACAGCUGCGCAGAAACAGCUGCGCAGGAACAGCUGCGCAGGAACAGCUGCUCAGAAACAGCUGCGCAGAAACAGCUGCGCAGAAACAGCUGCGCAGGAACAGCUGCGCAGGAACAGCUGCGCAGAAACAGCUGCGCAGGAACAGCUGCGCAGGAACAGCUGCGCAGGAACAGCUACGCAGGAACAGCUGCGCAGGAACAGCUGCGCAGGAACAGCUGCGCAGGAACAGCUGCGCAGGAACAGCUGCGCAGGAACAGCUGCGCAGGAACAGCUGCGCAGAAACAGCUGCGCAGAAACAGCUGCGCAGAAACAGCGGCGCAGAAACAGCGGCGCAGAAACACUCUAUAGCCUCCGCUGCGCAGAAGCGGCUGCGCAGGAACAGCUGCGCAGAAGCGGCUGCGCAGAAGCGGCUGCGCAGAAGCGGCUGCGCAGAAGCGGCUGCGCAGAAGCGGCUGCGCAGAAGCGGCUGCGCAGAAGCGGCUGCGCAGAAACGGCUGCGCAGAAACGGCUGCGCAGAAACGGCUGCGCAGAAGCGGCUGCGCAGAAGCGGCUGCGCAGAAGCGGCUGCGCAGAAGCGGCUGCGCAGAAGCGGCUGCGCAGAAGCGGCUGCGCAGAAGCGGCUGCGCAGAAGCGGCUGCGCAGAAACGGCUGCGCAGAAACGGCUGCGCAGUAACGGCUGCGCAGAAACGGCUGCGAAGAAACGGCUGCGCAGAAACGGCUGCGCAGAUACGGCUGCGCAGAAACGGCUGCGCAGAAGCGGCUGCGCAGAAGCGGCUGCGCAGAAGCGGCUGCGCAGUAGCGGCUGCGCACAAGCGGCUGCGCAGAAGCGGCUGCGCAGAAGCGGCUGCGCAGAAGCGGCUGCGCAGAAGCGGCUGCGCAGAAGCGGCUGCGCAGAAGCGGCUGCGCAGAAGCGGCUGCGCAGAAGCGGCUGCGCAGAAGCGGCUGCGCAGAAGCGGCUGCGCAGAAGCGGCUGCGCAGAAGCGGCUGCGCAGAAACGGCUGCGCAGAAACGGCUGCGCAGAAACGGCUGCGCAGCAGCAGCUGCGCAGAAGCAGCUGCGCAGAAGCAGCUGCGCAGAAACAGCUGCGCAGAAACAGCUGCGCAGAAACAGCUGCGCAGAAACAGCUGCGCAGAAGCGGCUGCGCAGAAGCGGCUGCGCAGAAGCGGCUGCGCAGAAGCGGCUGCGCAGAAGCGGCUGCGCGGAAGCGGCUGCGCGGAAGCGGCUGCGCGGAAACGGCUGCGCAGAAGCGGCUGCGCAGAAGCGGCUGCGCAGAAGCGGCUGCGCAGAAGCGGCUGCGCAGAAGCGGCUGCGCAGAAGCGGCUGCGCAGAAACGGCUGCGCAGAAACGGCUGCGCAGAAACGGCUGCGCAGAAACGGCUGCGCAGAAACGGCUGCGCAGAAACGGCUGCGCAGAAACGGCUGCGCAGAAACGGCUGCGCAGAAACGGCGGCGCAGAAACGGCUGCGCAGAAACGGCUGCGCAGAAACGGCUGCGCAGAAACGGCUGCGCAGAUACAGCUGCGCAGAUACAGCUGCGCAGAUACAGCUGCGCAGAAACAGCUGCGCAGAUACAAUUGCGCAGAAACAGCUGCGCAGGAACAGCUGCGCAGGAACAGCUGCGCAGAAACAGCUGCGCAGAAACAGCUGCGCAGAAACAGCUGCGCAGGAACAGCUGCGCAGGAACAGCUGCGCAGGAACAGCUGCGCAGAAACAGCUGCGCAGGAACAGCUGCGCAGGAACAGCUGCGCAGGAACAGCUGCGCAGCAACAGCUGCGCAGAAACAGCUGCGCAGAAACAGCUGCGCAGAAACAGCUGCAGAAACAGCUGCGCAGAAACAGCGGCGCAGAAACAGCGGCGCAGAAACAGCGGCGCAGAAACAGCGGCGCAGAAACACUCUAUAGCCUCCGGUUACAGGAGCAAACGGCUGCGCAGGAACAGCUGCGCAGGAACAGCUGCGCAUAAGCGGCUGCGCAUAAGCGGCUGCGCAGAAGCGGCUGCGCAGAAGCGGCUGCGCAGAAGCGGCUGCGCAGAAGCGGCUGCGCAGAAGCGGCUGCGCAGAAGCGGCUGCGCAGAAGCGGCUGCGCAGAAGCGGCUGCGCAGAAGCGGCUGCGCAGAAGCGGCUGCGCAGAAGCGGCUGCGCAGAAGCGGCUGCGCAGAAGCGGCUGCGCAGAAGCGGCUGCGCAGUAGCGGCUGCGCAAAACGGCUGCGCAGAAACGGCUGCGCAGAAGCGGCUGCGCAGAAGCGGCUGCGCAGAAGCGGCUGCGCAGAAGCGGCUGCGCAGAAGCGGCUGCGCAGAAGCGGCUGCGCAGAAGCGGCUGCGCAGAAGCGGCUGCGCAGAAGCGGCUGCGCAGAAGCGGCUGCGCAGAAGCGGCUGCGCAGAAGCGGCUGCGCAGAAGCGGCUGCGCAGAAACGGCUGCGCAGAAACGGCUGCGCAGAAACGGCUGCGCAGAAACGGCUGCGCAGAAACGGCUGCGCAGAUACGGCUGCGCAGGAACGGCUGCGCAGGAACGGCUGCGCAGGAACGGAUGCGCAGGAACGGCUGCGCAGGAACGGCUGCGCAGGAACGGCUUCGCAGGAACGGCUGCGCAGCAGCGGCUGCGCAGAAGCGGCUGCGCAGAAGCGGCUGCGCAGAAGCGGCUGCGCAGUAGCGGCUGCGCAGAAGCGGCUGCGCAGAAGCGGCUGCGCAGAAGCGGCUGCGCAGAAGCGGCUGCGCAGAAGCGGCUGCGCAGAAGCGGCUGCGCAGAAGCGGCUGCGCAGAAGCGGCUGCGCAGAAGCGGCUGCGCAGAAGCGGCUGCGCAGAAGCGGCUGCGCAGAAGCGGCUGCGCAGAAACGGCUGCGCAGAAACGGCUGCGCAGAAACGGCUGCGCAGGAACGGCUGCGCAGAAACGGCUGCGCAGAAACGGCUGCGCAGAAACGGCUGCGCAGAAACGACUGCGCAGAAACGGCUGCGCAGAAGCAGCUGCGCAGAAGCAGCUGCGCAGAAUCAGCUGCGCAGAAGCAGCUGCGCAGAAGCAGCUGCGCAGAAGCAGCUGCGCAGAAGCAGCUGCGCAGAAACAGCUGCGCAGAAACAGCUGCGCAGAUACAGCUGCGCAGAUACAGCUGCGCAGAUACAGCUGCGCAGAAACGGCUGCGCAGAAACGGCUGCGCAGAAACGGCUGCGCAGAAACGGCUGCGCAGAAACGGCUGCGCUGAUACGGCUGCGCAGAAACGGCUGCGCAGAAACGGCUGCGCAGAAACGAAUGCGCAGAAGCGGCUGCGCAGAAGCGGCUGCGCAGAAGCGGCUGCGCAGAAGCGGCUGCGCAGAAGCGGCUGCGCAGAAGCGGCUGCGCAGAAACGGCUGCGCAGAUACGGCUGCGCAGAAACGGCUGCGCAGAAACGGCUGCGCAGAAACGGCUGCGCAGAAACGGCUGCGCAGAAACGGCUGCGCAGAAACGGCUGCGCAGUAACGGCUGCGCAGAAACGGCUGCGCAGAAACGGCUGCGCAGAAACGUAUGCGCAAAAACGGCUGCGCAGAAACGGCUGCGCAGAAACGGCUGCGCAGAAACGGCUGCGCAGAAACGGCUGCGCAGAAACGGCUGCGCAGAAACGGCUGCGCAGAAACGGCUGCGCAGAAACGGCUGCGCAGAAACGGCUGCGCAGAAACGGCUGCGCAGAAACGGCUGCGCAGAAACGGCUGCGCAGAAACGGCUGCGCAGAAACAGCUGCGCAGAAACAGCUGCGCAGAAACAGCUGCGCAGAAGCAGCUGCGCAGAAACAGCUGCGCAGAAGCAGCUGCGCAGAAACAGCUGCGCAGAAACAGCUGCGCAGAAACAGCUGCGCAGAAACAGUGCGCAGAAACAGCUGCGCAGAAACAGCUGCGCAGCAACAGCUGCGCAGAUACAGCUGCGCAGAUACAGCUGCGCACAUACAGCUGCGCAGAAACAGCUGCGCAGAAACAGCUGCGCAGAUACAGCUGCGCAGAUACAGCUGCGCAGAAACAGCUGCGCAGAAACAGCUGCGCAGAAACAGCUGCGCAGAAACAGCUGCGCAGAAACAGCUGCGCAGGAACAGCUGCACAGAAACAGCUGCGCAGAAACAGCUGCGCAGAAACAGCUGCGCAGGAACAGCUGCGCAGGAACAGCUGCGCAGAAACAGCUGCGCAGGAACAGCUGCGCAGGAACAGCUACGCAGGAACAGCUGCGCAGGAACAGCUGCGCAGGAACAGCUGCACAGGAACAGCUGCGCAGGAACAGCUGCGCAGGAACAGCUGCGCAGGAACAGCUGCGCAGGAACAGCUGCGCAGAAACAGCUGCGCAGAAACAGCUGCGCAGAAACAGCGGCGCAGAAACAGCGGCGCAGAAACACUCUAUAG